AUGAUUUGCUCAAUCGCAAUGAAAACACAGCUAUUCUAUUUCACAAUUGGCAUAAUGAGUUCGAUGGGAAUCUUAUGCGGCGCCCACCGACUGUGGUCUCACCGCUCAUACAAAGCCAAAUGGCAGCUCCGGGUGCUGUUGGCCGGCCUACAGACCCUCGGCCUACAGAACUCGAUAUACGAGUGGUGUCGCGACCAUCGCGUGCAUCACCGGUACUCCGAUACCGACGCCGACCCCCAUAACGCCAAACGGGGCUUCUUUUUCGCGCACAUAGGUUGGGUCAUGUGUCGUAAGCACCCGGACGUCACCCGUUUGGGCAGAAAGGUAUAUAUUGCCGACCUAUGGGCCGACCCUAUAGUCCGGUUUCAACACAAAUACUACUACCCGUUAGCCGUGUUAAUAUGGCUGAUAAUACCGGUGUCAGUGCCGGUAGUCUUAUGGGGUGAGACCUGGUUUGACGCGUUUCUGGGAAACUGUUUUCGGUAUUUCGUGUUUGUACACCACACAUUGCUCAUCAACUCCCUGGCCCAUUUAGGCACCCACUGGUCUUACCGUCCGUACGAUAAACAUACCAAUCCUGCCGAUAUCCGUGCGUUUAACUACUUGAUUGUGGGUGAGGGCUGGCAUAACUAUCACCACACCUUUCCCAAUGACUACUCGGCCUCUGAAUACGGCUGGAGAGACAACUGGAAUAUAGCGACGGCUUUCAUAGAUAUGUUUGCGUGGAUUGGAUGGGCGUAUGAUAGGAGGCGCCCCACGGAGGCGGUGGUUAAGGCGAGAAUCUCAAGAACCGGUGAUUCCGACCAAAAGUAUAACCGAUUAACUGGUGUUUACCGAUUGAUGGAUAGUAUUACAGGACUG